GGUAUAUGUAAUCUGGAAACAUUAACUCAGUCAUGCAAGGAUAUAAACUUUUGCCCCCAUGGGUCAUAGCUUAGAGCAUUCCUUGGAUCUGGCUAAAGCCUCUGAUUUAACUGCUCAAUUUCUUCCUUCAACUAAUCCUGUUUCUAUCACACUCUUAUAUGUGUUGCAGUACUGGACAAUUGUAUUACAUAUUGUACUACUUAGCAUAAGUCCAGCAUUGGGCCUACAGAAUUGCACAAACUAAACUACUGAACACCCGGGAGACGCCAACUCGGCACUUGAUCUUGCAAACUCAGUGCCUUCUGUGUGCCAGAAAGGCGCUCGGCCACUGAGCCCCCGCCCAAGCCUGUGCCGGGUCCAGAGACCGGACACCCGCAGGAACUUCUGCCAAGACUGGUGAGCAGAGGUUCGGGGCGUGACCCUGAGUCCCCGCCCCCAGGGCCAGGCGGAGGGCGGGGCCCAAGGCCGCCGCCAACCACGCGAUGCCGAUACCCAGGCCCGCGAUCCGGCUGCUGUGGCUGGGGCGGCUGCGGUACGCCGAGCUGCUGGCGCUCCAGGAGCGCUGGCUGCGACGGCUGCAGGCUGAACCUGGCCCUGAGGACUCGUUGGGGACCGAGGCGGGCGCGCUCCUGCUCUGCGAACCCGCAGGACCCGUGUACACAGCAGGGCUGCGCGGCGGCCUGACGCCCGAGGAAACUGCGCGGCUGCAGGCCUUGGGUGCAGAGGUGCGCGCCACAGGCCGCGGCGGCCUGGCCACCUUCCAUGGCCCAGGCCAGCUGCUCUGUCACUCAGUGCUCGAUUUGCGGCGCCUCGGCCUGCGCCUGCGCACGCACGUGGCGUCGCUGGAGGCGUGUGCGGUGCGCCUGUGUGAGCUCCUAGGUCUGCGGGGAGCGCGCGCGCGGCCCCCGCCCUACACCGGCGUCUGGCUGGGCGAGGACAAGAUCUGCGCGAUCGGAGUCCGCUGUGGAAGGCAUAUCACAUCCCACGGCCUGGCUUUGAACUGCUCCACGGAUCUCACAUGGUUUGAGCACAUUGUGCCCUGUGGACUGGUUGGGACAGGGGUCACUUCGCUGAGUAAGGAGCUCCAGAGGCAUGUCACUGUGGAUGAAGCAUUGCCACAUUUCCUUGUGGCCUUUAAGGAAACCUACAAGUGCACACUAAUCUCUGAGGACAGCCUCAACUAAAGGCAUUCACGUUAGCUCAGCUAGGAUGGUUCUGUACCUGAAAGCACCAAAUCGGAGUUCAAUCACCAGAACCUCGAUUUUAGAGCUGGCGUGUCAUUCUGUGACCAGGAUACCAAGGGCAAGUCAUAAGCUCUGACACAGGGUUUCCUUAGGCAUGUUGGUAUUACCCCAAUCUACCUCGAGGUGAUGGAUGUGAACUUACUGCAAAAGCAACACACACUGUAUAAAACAGAAGGAUUGUACUAUUUUUUUCAGCAUAGAAAAUGCAGCUACCAAGCUGGGGAGAUAGCUCAGUAGAAUAAGUGCUUGCCUGGCAAGCACAGGAUCCUGAGUUCAAUCCCUGGUACAGCAAAAAAAAAAAAGAAAAUGCAGCUACCAUAGACUGUCAUUUUUCAAUCAAUUAUUUGUUACUUUCUCAGUAUUGUAUCUAGUUGAGCAUUUCUGGUUAAUUUUGUGAGAAUCCUUCAGGAGGCUGAGGCAUGAGGAUGGCCAGGAGUUUAAGGCCAGCUAAAGUAAGACCAUGAUAAAUUUUACUUACUUAUUUUUUGUGGGAAUCAAAUCUUUGGAUGGCCCAGGUAAAAGUGACAUGAUGUACUCAUUUUCUUUCUCAAGAGAUAAAUGUAGGUCCUUUUUGCAAUAAAGGGAAAAUCCUCUUGGAGGAAUAGAACAGGAUCCUGUCAUCCUGUGCUGGAGUCUUCAGAUUUGGUAAUUCAUCUGUUUUUGGGUCGGAUCCCCUGAGCUAAGCCAGAGGCUAUAGGAGAAACAUAGUUUCUCACAUUGCACAAAUGCUGGGUGGUUUUUCUUACAUGUGAUCCCUCCAUUUGAAAGCCUGUGUACUAGUUAUCUACUUAUGCAUGAAAAACAAUAAAUAUAUAUUUUUUUUCAGAUUAGGAAAUUAAGAGCUUAGCCAGGUGUCUCUAGGCUGAAAUCUCUGCCUAAACUUGCAUUAAACAUGUCAGCUAGGAGUGGAGGACAGUUUUAGAGAUAACCACUCAGUUGUCUGGUUGAUUGUGGUUGGUGACAAGAGGCCUUCAUUCCUCACUGUGUGGACCACCACUAGGGCUACUGGUGUGUUCUCAUGACAGGUCAUCUGGCUUCCCCAGAGCAAGUUUUAUUAGAGAGAGACACCAUAGGGAUCACUGUUUUUUAUGACCCAGUCACAUGGGUAUUUUCUGCAGUCUCCUAACAGAUGAGCCCCAUUUUACUGCGCAAGGGCCAUCAUAGGAACUGUGAGGGGUAAGAUCUGUAGGGGCCAUCUUGGAGACUGGCUCGCAGAGCCCAUGAAGAGUAGAAGCAGCCUUCACACAGAGGAUUCAAGGGACCCUGGUUCCAGUCUUGACUCAAUGUAAAGGUCAUCUGCCUUCUGGCUUCACUUUCACGUUCAAGUGGUGCCAUCCCUUAGAAACAUAAUGGGAGCCACAUUGCUUCAUUAAAAUGUUUUUUAAAAAACAUGAUGCUAUUUCACUCAAUGUGUUCAAAAUAUAAAGCAAUACAAGUAUAUUAAUAAAAUCCUUUACAGGUUUUAAUACUUAGUCUCCAAAAUCUUGUAUUUUGCUUAUGUAGCACACCUUAUUUUGGAUUAGCCACAUUUUAAUUUUUUAGGCAGGGUCACAUGGUAUUUUAGACUGUCAU